UUCCACCGGAGUUUCCUUAACCCAACCAGGGAUAUUCCAGUAAUUUCGAAACACUAUAAAUUGAUUGACUCCACUCUUAGCGUGUAAAGCGGUUUUCACUUUGUUUAGUUUCAUAGUAACUUCUUCUUCUUGCUCCCGAAAACUCCAAUUUCCAAUUUGAAUCCCAAUGGAAAGAACCGGUUACAGAAACAGAGGCAACCAUGGUAAUGGUGGUAGAGGAGGAGGGUUUGCUGGACAGAAUCAACAGCAACCGGGUGCUGCCGGUGGUGGUGGUGGUAAUGGUGGCAGAGGUGGUGGGUUUCAAGGCCAGCAGCAACCGGUUGGUGGCGGUGGUGGCGGUAGAGGAGGGUUUUACGGCCAUCAAACUGGUGGUAGCGGUGGUGCUGGUGGCAGAGGUGGUGGUGAUGGCAGAGGAGGGUUUCCAGGCCAGUACCAACUUGGUGGUGGUUCUGGUAGCAGAGGGGGAGGGUUUCACGGCCAGCAUUACCAACCUGUUGGUGGUGGUGGUGCUAGUGGCAGAGGUGGCGGUGAUGGAAGAGGGGGAGGGUUUCAAGGCCAGUACAAACAGCAACGUGGCGGUGGUGGUGGUGGUGGCAGAGGUGGAGGGUUUCAAGGCCAGUACCAACAGCAACCUGGUGGUGGUGGUGGCAGAGGUGGUGGCGGUAGAGGUGGUGCUAGUGACAGAGGGUUUCAAUCGCAGCAACAAGAACAACAACUGUGGUCCCAAAAGGGAAACCCCUCUUCCUCCUCCGUCCAAACUAACAUCACAAUUGGGUCUUCAAUCCUUCCUUCAACCUCUAGAACCAACCAUCCGAACACUCAUCCAGAUAUUGGAAGGCUUACCAUAUCAGAUGAUGCGGCAGUGGAGAAGAUUUCACCAGUGCACAGGCCAGACAAAGGGGGAACCCUUGCGGUUCGAAACUGCAAGUUGCAUGUGAAUCACUUCCGAGUCGGCUUCGACUCUCAGGGAACAAUCAUGCACUACGAUGUGGAUGUGAAGCCUUCCUUGCCGCCUCAAAACGGCCGCCCUCAGAAGAUCUCGAAGUUUGACCUGUCCUUAAUCAGGGACAAGCUGUUUUCCGACGAUCCCCAGAGGCUGCCGUUGCUGAAGACAGCCUAUGACGGGGAGAAGAACAUAUUCAGUGCGGUGCUGCUGCCGGAGGAGACUUUCAUUGUUGAUGUCUCCAAAGGUGAAGAUGAAAGGACCAUUUCAUAUGCGGUUACUCUAACCCUGGUGAACAAGCUCCCGCUUCACAAAUUAAAGGAUUACAUCAGCGGCAAAGUGCUUAACAUCCCAAGGGACAUCUUACAAGGAAUGGAUUUGGUGGUGAAGGAGAAUCCGUCAAAACGAACCGUUUCGUUGGGGCGGUGCUUCUUCCCCACAGAACAUCCUUUGAUAGAGAGGGACCUCGAGCCUGGCGUGAUUGCAAUUGGAGGGUUUCAGCAUAGUCUCAAGCCCACCUCUCAGGGCAUAUCAAUCUGCCUUGACUAUCAGGUUCUGUCUUUCCACAAGAAAAUGUCUGUGUUGGAUUUUCUUUAUGCUCGAAUUCAAGGUUUCAAUAUAGAUGAGUUUUGGAAAUACAAGAAAGAUGUGGAGCUUUCACUUAUUGGGCUGAAAGUGAAUGUCACUCAUAGGAGAACCAAACAGAAAUACACUAUUGCCAAGUUAACAACUGAAGAUACAAGGCAUAUUACUUUCACUAAGGUGGACCCUGAGGGCCAAAAUCCUCCGACGAAAACGACCCUUGUUGCUUACUUUAAAGAUAAGCAUGGUGUGGACAUUACGUACAAGGAUAUUCCUUCUUUAGUUUUUGUGGGGAGCAAGACGAAUUAUGUGCCUAUGGAGUUGUGUGACUUGGUUGAUGGCCAGAGAUUCCCGAAAGAGCUUUUGGAUAAGUAUCCUGCUAAUAAUUUGAAAAAGAUGUCCUUGUGUCGUCCUAGUGAGAGGGAAUCAAUAAUACAGAAGAUGAUGAAGUCAAAUGCUGGACCUUGCGGUGGGGAAAUUCUUCAGAAUUUUGGAAUGACUGUCAAGACCUCCAUGACAGAUGUGACUGCACGCGUAAUUAGGCCUCCGACAUUGAAGUUAGGUCAUCCAAGUGGUAAGAUUAUUAGUGAGCCACUGAGGCCUGAGAAAGUUCACUGGAAUCUAGUUGAAAAAUCAAUGGUGGAGGGUAAGCCAGUUGAGUGUUGGGGCAUUCUUGACUUCACCAGCAAAGGGCCUACCCGGUGGAAACUAAGAGGCACUCAAUUUGUUGAGAACCUUUUGGAUAAGUACAACAGAAAAUUGGGCAUUGACAUGAAGGAGCCAGUCUGGUAUGAACAUUCUGCAAUGUGGAAACUUGGGGAUUAUAAUUUACUAUAUGAAUUACUUGAACAAAUUAAUGACAAGGUUCAAAAAAAAUGUGGACAACGACUGCAAUUUCUUCUUUGUGUGAUGGCUGGCAAAGAUCAAGGUUACAAGUGCCUCAAGUGGAUUGCUGAGACCAAGGUUGGCUUAGUGACACAAUGCUGCUUAUCUGGUAAUGCUAAUGAAGGAUCAGACCAAUAUCUCACUAAUCUGGCUCUCAAAAUCAAUGCAAAAAUUGGAGGCACUAAUGUGGAGCUUGUUAACCGGCUCCCACACAUAGACGGUGAAGGUGAUGUUAUGUUCAUCGGGGCUGAUGUGAACCAUCCAGGUUCCCGUGAUAUCAACAGUCCAUCAAUUGCUGCUGUGGUUGCAACUGUUAACUGGCCUGCUGCAAACCGCUAUGCAGCGCGUGUUUGUGCUCAAGGCCACCGGGUUGAGAAAAUUGUGAAUUUUGGAGAAGUUUGCCUUGAUCUUGUUACGUAUUAUGAAAGUCUGAACAAAGUUAGGCCUGAAAAAAUUGUCAUCUUUCGUGAUGGUGUAAGUGAGAGCCAAUUUCUCAUGGUUCUUACUGAGGAGCUGCAAGAUUUGAGGAGAGCAUUUUCUCGUUCGAAUUAUUUCCCAACCAUCACUCUUAUUGUAGCCCAAAAGCGACAUCAAACUCGUUUGUUUCCUGCUAGUGCAAAGGAUGGGGCUCCUAGUGGUAAUGUGCUCCCUGGAACAGUUGUUGACACAAUCGUCGUGCAUCCCUUUGAAUUUGACUUUUACCUUUGUAGUCACUAUGGAAGUCUCGGUACGAGCAAGCCUACUCACUAUCACGUCUUGUGGGAUGAGCACAAGUUUAGUUCUGAUGAUUUGCAGAAACUUAUCUAUGAUAUGUGCUUUACCUUUGCAAGGUGCACUAAACCUGUAUCUUUAGUCCCUCCAGUGUACUAUGCUGAUCUUGCUGCUUAUAGAGGACGACUAUACUAUGAAGCGAAGAUUGGGGUGCAAUCUCCAGGUUCAAAUUCAUCUUCUUCGUCAUCUCCUUUGGCUUCUUCGUCAUUUUCUUCAAUAGCGUCAUAUUCGAAUGAUGCAUCUUGUUACAAGCUGCACCCUACUAUGGAAAAUGUAAUGUUCUUCGUUUGAAAGGUUUGCAUCUGCAUUCUGCAACUUCUCUUACUUCUUUGCAUUCAGACCUUCUUUGCAUUGGGACAAAUUACUUUAGUACUAAUGUUAAGUAGUUUGUAGGCAAAUGUUAGUUAUUAGUGAUGUUAGUAAAUUAGUCUCUCAUCAGGGUUCGAACCCUAGACCCUUCACCUUUCAUUCCCUCCAACCCUUGUGUCUUAGCUCUUACCACUUGAGCUAACCCUCGGGGACGUCAAAGUUGUCUAUGUAAUUGUUGGAGUUAUUUUGUUUGUGAAGACUAUGCGAGUUUUUUAUGUAAGGGUGGGCGUGCUUAAAUAAAUGUAUUGUCUCCUGUUUUAUGUUCUUAACUUAUUAUGAUUUGAUAUCUUACUGCUCUCAGUACAGGCAUAUUAUAUUUUAUUUAUAAUAAUUGAUGAAAUAAAUCUUUUAUGAUUGUGUAAAAGUUAUGACGAUUUAAAUUAUAAUUAAUAAAAUCAAACUUCGUUAUCAAUAUAGAUUAGAAAAGAGCAAGGGCUAUGAGAGCCACUUGCUGAUGUGUUAAUUCCUGGUGCAUUCUGCAACUAGAUUAAUUCUCACAGGAUCCUUUUCCAUGUGUUGUUACCACGUUUCUCAAUACUUUUAGUGUACGCGUGUCACAACGAUGUUUCUCCCCACCCCUUCUCCCACUAACCUGAAAUUCCCUAACCGUCUCAUUUUAAACUUCUCGCAAUUCCAUCUCCCUGCGUUCUCCAUAGAAAACCCUCACACCGCCGCCCCUCCGCGAUGUUCCUCCACCAAAUCCCUCAUAUCCCACACCCAGUUCCUCACUGCAUUUGCUUCACAGAUCCUGUCAUUCCAGCAACUAACCUCAUCCACGGCCAACUACCCAGCCUUCCCAAGCCAUCACAAGCGGAAACCUCUGUGCUCUAACGACCACCACGUGCAGCCCCGCCCCACCAUUCGGACCCGGAUCGGGUCCAGGGAACAUGAGCAGCAUUCCGAAGAUUGACGGUGAUGUCGCCGAAGUACAUCAAGAGCACGCACGACAGUGCCAUUGGCAACUUUGGGAUUCCCCAGUACGGAGGUUGCAUGGCUUAUCAUUUGGGUAUUCAUUAUUUAUUUGGGUUCUUAUUUUCUAUUUUGUGUUCUGUUCUGAGUUAUGUUCAUAUCAUUAUGGGAUUUUUGGUUUUUGUUCUGAGUAGGAUGAAGGCAAUCUUAAUGAGAAGAAACAAGAGGAAUCCAAUAAUUGAAAAGAGAAGAAAGAGGAAUCUGAACUGAUGAGAGUGGUGAGUUUCUGAUUCAGGUUUGAUGUGGUAUUUUAUUAUAAGCUUUUUUUCCUUUUAGAUUGUGAUUUCUUCAGCAGUGUUUUAUCAUUGAUUAUUGCUUUAAAUUAUGAUUGAUUGAUUUCUAUUUAAAGUUCCAGUUCCAGGAACAAUUUUAUAUGUUGCAGAAUAUAUCAUUGUUAUAAUAUUAAUGGAAUGAUCCAUUACAUGUUUUCUUUGUCUAUGUGUAUAACAUGAUUGAGAUGGCUAUAGGAGAUAGAAGAGUUAGACUGUGAAGAAAAAGAAUUAUGGAGCGAAAGACAAGUUGUACGUGUGUUGAGAAAGUUGUAGUGAUCUUAGUUUUCUUUUUCUUCUAAAUUUUUUUAUAAUUGUACUAUGUGUUUCCUUGAGCAAUCCAAGUGAGUUGUUCGUGUAACCUGGCUAGAUUCACUAUACAUACUGUUUGCGAUGCUCGCUGCUGCUCAAACUGAAUUACUGAAACAAUAGCUUUGGGAGAUGUAUGAUGGAGACCACACAGUAAUAGAAGAUUUUGGUUUUAUCAUAAGGCAUAAUGACUACAAAUUUUCCAUCAUUCGAGAACUGUAAUCUGCAAAUUCCUUUGUUAUGUUUCAUCAAUAUGCAUUCUUUUUCUUUUGAGCUUUGAGUUUUCUUAAAAGCUAGAUAGGGUCUGAAAAGGAGAAGAGGUUAUUAUUUAGGUAGCGUUUGGUAGCGGAACGGAACAGGACGGAACGGAACAGAACAGAAUGUAACAUAAUGGAACAGGACAAUAAUGUUUCAUGUAUCGUGUUUGGUAACUUCACAUCAUUAGAACAGAAUUAUAAGUUAAAUUACAUAUAUGACCCUAUUGUGCAUCUUCCUCCUCUCAUGGAUUCGCUACUGUUACUGCACAGAUAUAAUUCAAAAUUUAUUUGUUUCUUUGGGCAAAUGUUCAAAUUCAAUGUGUGCGUGAUUACUUUCAAUGGGAGUGAAUUGAUUUUUAAAUUCUUUCCCUGCAGUUUCUUUCUUUCAUAUGCUAUCAUAGGGCAUGCCUCAAAUUUAUUGAUUCACAUGGAAACAGUGUGAUGUGGAAGAUAUAUAAUUGGCUUUUAAUCGAUGUUUUGUGGCUAUGGUAAUAUGUCUCAUAUUUCAAUCGAUGUUUCAUAGGAUUUACAUGGAAUCCCAUUUUCCAUUUUACGAAGAAGAACGAGGAAUCAAUGGAGGGGUCUGAUGAGAUUUCAAAAUAAGUUAGGGUUAUUUUUGUCCGUGUAAUUUUUUAAAGAGAGUGUUCCGUUCUGUUCCUUUUCGUUCCACCAUUUUUCAGGGAACCAAAGUGUUCCGUUCCAGAAGCAUUAUGUCCUGUUCCGUUCCAUCUUAAAAACGUGACAAACACAGAACAGAACCCACAUGUCUUGUUCCGUUCCCUUCCUACCUGUCUACCAAACGCUACAUUAGCUUCUCAUACAGGCUUCCUCAUACACAAGAGGGACCAAAGUAAUUACACCCAAAUCCAAAGGGUUUACAAAGUAAAUACAUACAAAUAGAAGAGUUGGAAAUCAGCUGAGCAUAGAAUAGUUUCAACCUUUUACACUUCAGAGCAUAGAUUAGAAUGGAACUAAUUAUUUGCAGGCUUUAUUAAUUUGACCAUUUGUUUCUUUUUGUGUCUGCAAAUUAUGGGUUUGUCUGAAGUGUUAUUUUAUUUUUUUCAUUUCUUGAAACCCCACUUCAUGUUCUACUGUUUUAUAUGCUGAACUGGCAUUUAUGUUCUCUUCUGUGAUAUUCUUCUGCUGCUAAGGUUCUGAUUGCAGCUGGUGCUUUUGUGGCGAUUGGGCAGCUUUCUAAGCCAUAUACUUAUGUGUUUCUAUAUGGAAGAGUUUGAUAUGAAGGCCAUUAUUCAAGCUGGAGGUUUCCCAUCAUCACGCUCUUCUGUUUUUCCUGCUUCCAUUAAUCAAUUAAUCCAGUUUUCAUCAUCUAUGCCACUUCCACUUGAGAGGAUGUGACAGAAAAUCCACAAGAAAUCGCAACCUGAAAAUAUUUGAGGAUGAAUUUCAUUGUUAGUAAUGAUGCAGUAUCAUUUUCAGAUGAUGGACUACGUGUUACCCUAGUUCCCUACCAAUGUUACUUGG